AUGAGAGUCUUGUCCGUUUUAGUUCCAAUCGCCGUGGUGGCUCAGGAUCUACAAAAGUGCCAGUACUUUUUCAGCGUGGCGAAAGACAAGCUUGCGAUCCCUUCCAAUUCCGAGUGGUGUGUUUCACAAUGUGCUGUGCAAAAACCCUACUGUCCUGUUAACAUGCCGGCUAUUACGUGUGUGAAGAUUCGUUUGUCAGAAUGCCGUCUCAUUGAUGAUGAUGAUGACGACGACGAGCAUCCCGAUAUUGAGAAAUGUGAGAUGUUCUACUCCAUGGCAAAGGACAAACUACCCGACCCCUCCAAGUCUGAAUACUGUCAAGACCAGUGCACAGAACAAAUAUGUCCAAAAAACAUGCCUGCUGUUGACUGUGUAAAAAUUAAGGUACCGGAGUGCCAGCUUCUUGAGGAAGAAGAUGCUGGCACUCCUUCAGCUUCGGCGACUACCACUCCUCCUGCGGCCACGACGGCUGUAACUCUUCCUGCAACGAUCGCCGCGUUGACGGGGGUGAAUUUGGACAUUAAGAAGUGCGAGACUUUCUAUGAUGCUAGAAAAGACAAGCUAGCGGAUCCUGCUAAGUCAGGCUUCUGUCAAGAACAGUGCACGCAGCAGAAGACCAACUGCCCGACCAAGAUGCCUGCUAUUGACUGCGUAAAGAUUCGAGUUCCAGAUUGCAGAUUGCUUAAUGGAGAGGCUACACCACUCCUAUCGUUCCUACAACCCCGCCGAUGGCUACAACUUCUCCAGCAACUACCGCUCUUCCUGCAGCCACGACGGCUGUAA